AUGGAUGUAAUGGAGGCUGAUCGCUUGCACAGUGAGCAGAGACAACAAGCCGCGGACCUUGCGACCACGAGGCAGGGCAACAUUCUCCUGGAUCUACGCCGGCAGAUUGAGGAUUUGGAUAACCGGGGCUGGCGAAAUAAUAUCAGGGUCCGGGGUCUGCCAGAGGCGGAGGGAGAAUCGCCGCAGGAGAUGCUCACAGGCCUGUUCACCCACAUACUAGGGGACAACGCACCGAGUGAUUUCGGUAUCAAACGAGCUCAUAGGGCACUGCGAGCCCCUAGGAGAGAUGGCCUACCCCGGCAUGUGAUCUGUGCCUUGGCCUCCUUCCCACUCAAAGAAGCCAUUAUGCAAGAGGCCAGAGCGCAACAGAGGAUUACGUUCAUGGACGCCCAGGUCUCCCUGUACCAGGACCUUUCCACGGUUACGCUGGAUGCCCAAAGAGCCCUGGGGCCACUUACCCGGAUGCUCGAUCUCAUACACCCCAACCAGGUUGGCUUUAUUCCCGGGAGGGAAGCCCGGGACAAUACAAUUCGAGCCCUCAAUGUGAUCCACGCAGCGACAGCGAAUAGGCGAGAGCUGGUGCUUCUUUCCACGGAUGCCGAAAAAGCAUUCGACCGCGUGGACUGGACGUUUCUCAUGGCAUCACUACGGCACAUGGGAUUUGGACAGUAUAUGCGCACCUGG